AAUGCAAUUAAGUCCAUCAAAAUCAACAACAUAUUCAGAAGAGAAUAAUCUCAUUCCAUCUAAUCCAAUUGGAACUCAAAUAUAAUUACCAAUAGAUCAUUCUUCUCCAGAGAUGCGUUUAUUAUGCUUUGCUUAAUCAAAUGAUCUUGAACAAUUUUCUAAUUUGUUAAGAUCUGGACCAUUUGAUCUAUCUGCUAUUUAGAAUUAAAAAAGAUUUACAGCUCUUCAUUAUGCUUGUUUCAAUAACAGUUUUCAAAUGUGUGAAUUAAUAAUAAACCAUUAAGAUAGAAGAGAGAAUAGUCUACAGAAUAUGGAGAAUUUUAUCAAUUCUACAACUAAUGAUGGAUUUACAGCUGUGCAUUUUGCUGCUUUUAGAGGGAAUGUAUAAAUACUGACUCUUUUAAAAUUAAAAGGAGCCAACUUAAAAGCAACUAAUAAAUAAGGUUUGAAUAUUAUGCAUAUAGGUGCAUAAGGUGAUCAACCUAAUACUAUUGUAUUUGCACUAGUAAAUGGAAUUUAAUUAACUGAUUUAGAUUUGAAUGGAGGUUCUGCUUUACAUUGGGCAUGCUUUUAUGGUUAAGAGCACUCAAUAAAUUAUUUGUUGCCUUUAAUAGAAAAAAAAAAACCAUAUUACCCAUUAAAUUCUCUUGAUUCUCAUUAAUUUACACCUUUACAUUUAGCUGUUUAAAGUGGAAAUACAAAACUAGUUAAAAAGUUGUUAAUUUAUGGAGCUGAUAAAACAAUAAAAGGAUAUGGAAAUAAAACACCAGCUGAUUUAGCUUAAGAAAAUGACUUUAAGAAUAUAUAUAAUAUGUUAACUAAAGAACGUGGUUUUUUAAUCACAUACUUUAAUUUGAAAUAAGGUAUUAAGAGAGUUAGAAAAACUGGAUUAGAAUUAAUGAGAUUUGGUGGAUUUAUGAUAUUUCUAUUACUCUCUUAUUAUUUAUAUAUAGUUGAUGAUUUCAUACCAAUCAUCUCUGAUUAUAUAUUAUUUGGAAUUACAUUGUUAUUCUUUAUUUUUAUUGUUUGUUCUAAUCCUGGAUAUUAAAUUAGAAGAUAGGAACCAUUAUAUACUUUAAUAACAGCCUAUGAUCAUUAAGAUGUAUGUCCUAUUUGUAAUGUUGUGAAAUUGCCAAGGAGUAAACAUUGCGAUAUAUGUUAAAGAUGUGUAUUAAUUUAUGAUCAUCAUUGUCCUUGGAUUAAUAAUUGUGUAAAAAAUCCAAUAUAUACUAGGUUGGUGCAGAAAAUCAUCUGAUUUUUAUUAUUUUUUUAAUUUCUUUGGAUACAUCACUAAUAUAUGCUCUAGUCAAUACAGUUAUGUAAUGUUUUAUUGGAAAUGAGAAUGAAUUAGAGUUUUUUAAUGAAGAUUUUACAUUUUGGAUAAUCUUAACUUUAAAUAUAUUCAUAGAACUUAUUUUUGUUAUUGGAAUUACAGCUCUUAUUGUAACAUAAUUUUAAAAUAUAUUUCUUGGUUAAACUACAUUUGAGAGAUUUGCAGUUCAAAAUUAAACAUCUACUAUUAAAUCAGUAAUGACUAAUUCAAAUAAGAAUUCUUUAAUAGAUGAUGAUUUACUUUCUCCAAAAAAAGAUAGAUUUGUUUAAUGUUCAUGUAAGAAUUUACUAAAUUUCUUAACAAAUGGAAUCACAUAAAGAAAAAAAGAAUAAGCAAUAAGAAUUUGA